AUGUCUCACCCCCCUUCUCAGUCCAAUGAGCGCGAGCCCUUACUCCGAGAAACCCAUGCUGCUAGCACAAGCCCUCCGAGCGACGUGGCCCCCUCGUCGUCGUCGUCGUCGACGGUACUGGGUCCAGGGCAGCUCCAGCAUGCCGGGGCAAAUGCCUUGGACCUUAACCUUUCCUGGUCGCUGUUCGUAGACGCUGUGCCUGUGAUUCUUUCCUACAUCUUGCAAAAUUCGAUCCAAUCAACUUCCAUCCUAAUUGUGGGUCGACUUGGUCCUGAAGAACUGUCCAUUGCUGCCUUCUCGUUGAUGUUGGCGUUUGUAACGGGCGAGUAUAUUCCUCCAACUCUUCCUCCCAUAAAAGGAGAUGAUCCCACGGCUUUCACAGGCGGCAGCCGUCGAACAGAUCUAUCUAUCCACUUCCAGCGAUGCUUGGUCCUCCUGUGGACCCUACUCAUCCCGGUUUGCGUUGCGUGGGCCUUCAUGGAGCCUCUGCUACUCCGACUUGGACAAACUGAGGCACUCAGCAAAGGCGUACAACAAUAUCUACGCAUUCUCAUAAUCGGUGCUCCGGCUUACAUCGGGUUUGAAACCACAAAAAAGUAUUUGCAAUGCCAAGGUAUCAUGGGGGCCUCGACUGUGGUUCUGGUCGUAUCGUCACCUGUCAACCUCAUAUUGAACAUUUAUCUUACUCAUUAUACAUCGCUUGGCCUCUGGGGCUCAGCGACGGCCUUGUCGAUCACAUACUGGUUCGCGUUUAUUCUGCUCCUUCUUGUGACCGCCCGGUCCAAGAUCCACAAACGAAACGGAACUUGGGGUGGUAUUCGCCCACGGCUAGUCCUCGAAUUGCGAAGUUGUUACACCUUUCUAAAACUGGCGAUACCCGGUAUUCUGAUGGUAGGCACUGAAUGGGCUGCAUUCGAGAUCGUGGCGUUAGCUGCGGGCAGGCUGGGUCCAACAUCAUUAGCUGCUCAAUCUGUCAUAAUGACGACCGAUCAAAUUUUGAAUACAAUCCCGUUUGGAAUUGGUGUGGCUACAUCAACACGAGUCGGAAAUUUGAUUGGAAAUAGGUCGGCAAUCGAUGCGAAACGUGCAGCCCACGCGUCAGCCUUCGUCAGCGUCGUGGUUGGGGCGUUAGUGAUGACUGCGAUGCUCCUAACAAAAGAUGUUUUUGGCUAUAUGUUUAGCGACGAUGAACACGUAGUCACACUAGUUGCUAGAGUUAUGCCCCUCGUAGCCUCCUUCCAAAUCGCGGACGGACUCGCAGGCGCUUGCGGAGGCGUCUUACGUGGUCAAGGGCGGCAGCACUUGGGAGCGAUAUUCAAUGCUGUGGCGUAUUACGUUCUAGCCCUUCCACUAGGGAUCACCCUCGCUUUUCAUGGCGCAACGCGUCUAGGUCUUGAAGGGCUCUGGAUAGGUCGGUGCGAUUUCCCUAUCUCAAAAUGGCAAACUUAG